AUGUCAGUAAAGGUCCGAUUACAAGGUCUUCCACCACUGGCAGACUCCAUUCACGUUCGAAGGUUCUUUAAUGGACUGAAGAUUCCAUCUGGAGGUGUUACUAUUAUUGGUGGGGUGGAAGGCGAGGCAUUUGUUAAAUUUAAAAACUUUCAAGAUGCUUGCUAUGCCCUCAAAAGGUCAGGGAGACCUAUACUGAAUUCAUGUAUUCAAGUUUUUCUGGAUAGCAAGGCAGAGCAGGCCACUAAAAAACGCCACCAUAGAUACGUGGGAAAGCCUGGGUAUGUACGUAUUUCAUUGCAUCCAUUUGAUGCUUCAUUUUCUGAUGUGAAAAGGUUUUUCAAGCAUUUUUCUGUCAAAAGUGUCAUUUUUUUAACUAAAAACAAAGUAAGGAAUGGCCAGGCUCUUGUUAAGUUUGCUAAACGUAGCCAUGCAUGUAAAGCUCACUCUUGCACUUUAUCUAAUGGUGAAGGUGCCAGUAAACAACACAAGCAUGAAAAGUGUUUUUCUGUCAUAUCAGUUAAGAAAUCUGAUGAAGCAGAAUGGAUCAGAUUUGGUGGCAAAGUUGAAUGCAAUGGAAAAGGUUCAACACGUUUGUCUUGCUGCAGAUCAGAACCACCCUAUGAUGCAUGGUAUAUCAAUGAGUUUUAUGCACACCUAAUGAAUGUUAGUCGCCAUGCAGAGAAACAGCACAUAAAGAGGUUUUUGUAUGAUCUUGUUGAUGAUUCUCAGAUAACUUUUGUGUAUGACAAGAAUGGCUGUAGGACACGAGACUGUUUUGUAAUGUUUGUAACAGACAAUGAUUACAUAAGAGCCCUCAGUUUAGACAAAUCAAUCCUUAAAGGGCGCUCUGUACGAGUGUCGCCUGUCCCCAAGGCAAAAAUGACAGAAUUUGUUGAAAGCAAAAAAAUGGACAUUACAGAAGAUUCAGUUUCGGAGGAAGAUUCUGUUUCCGAAGAGGACUUCACUGUUCCAAGUAGUUUGGGAUCCAAGCUGACGUGCGUCUAUUUAAGAAACUUUGCAGCUGAUGUGACCAAGCAAGAUAUAUUGACCUUUUUUGCAGGAUUUGCUUUAAAUGAAAAAGACAUCUAUCUGUUAUAUGACGACAAUGGGGAUGGACUUGGUGAAGCACUGGUUAAAUUCUCAAGUGAAGAGGAAGCAACUAGUGCUGAAACACUAAAUCAUAAACACUUCCAAAGCACUGAAAUCCUGCUGAGGUGCAUCUCUGAAAAGCAACUAAAAGUAUUCGGUGUUAAUAAUUUUGGAUCUCCCUCUUUUGACCGUCUGGAAUUUUCUACCAGCAAGGAGGAAUGCCAACUAGAAGAGUUGCAGGUGUGUGUCAGUCUUGCAGAUGACACUCCUGAUGUUGCAUGUGAUUCCUCAUAG